CUGCUGCAGUACAGUACAGUACAGUACAGUACAGUGGUCUGCCUGUCUCUGACCCUCUGUGACCUUGACUCCCAGGCCGUAGUCACAGGGCAGCCUGUUGAACCCAGGUACAGGACUUGGUUCCUGGUCAAAGAAAGACGACAUCAACCACGAUGUCUUACAAGGCCGGAACUGAAAAUCACAUUUGAAUUUAUACAUUUAUAAAAGUAUAACUAAUAAAAAUGGCCCUGGAAUACUUCUGAUGAGGAUUUUCUUUUUCUCUACAUUUACUUCAAACCCUGAGGAAUCAAAACAAAAACUGAAUUUUAAACUGUAGAUAAUGUACAUACAGUAAAACCACUUCAACAUAGUUAAAUGAAAUACAGUAUGUGGUGUUAAGUGCCUCUCUGACAGUGUACUGUGUACUUUACAGCUGUAUUACAGUCUGUAAGGUUGUAUAAAUAUUUACUGAUCAGGAAGAAUAUUGAUGAAAUUAAACAAACGGUGAUUUAAGUAGAUUAUAAAUAAAAAAUGUUAAUGAGUAAAUGUUUUUGUUUUUUUUGUUUUGUCACCACCAGGCAGUGGCGGCCAUGGCAUAUUUGGCGCCCCCCACCCAUUUGUGUCUCGGUAUUUCUCUGAGAAUUUACAUACAUUCACAAAAGUAGAACUUCCAGCAGUAUUUAGAAAAGUGAGUUGUAAAUUCAUCAUAACUAAUCAUGAUCAAUGUACAGUUACAGUUCACCAGAUUAGAACUUAUAAUUGUGCCCUUUGAUGGACCGCGCCCUCAGUAUUGCCCCACACUGUCUGUGCCACGGCCCGGCUCUGCCUGCAGUGAUCUCCUCCAACAGCACAGACCAUUGAAGUGUGUGUGUUGUCGUGUACUUGACUUGAACGUUUCCAGAUUGUCUUUGUGUGUAGUAUAUAAACAGGAGCGGAAAUCUCCGUCUGUCAACUGUUUGUUUGUUUUCUGUUCUGUAAAGACAAAUAAACGGUUUAUCUGCAUUGACAAAAGGUGGAGGGGGAGUACAGGAGGGCUUUUAUUUUGUUGUCGGGGCAGAUAAAGUCGGGAUCAGGGUUCUGGGGGCGGGUUUUGGUUCAACUCUGGAGCUGCUGUUCAAGUUCAAGGCGUCUGAGCGAAUCCCGGCGCGCGUCAUUUACAAAGGGACUGCAGUGGAGCUGAAGAGGAAACUCCGUAAAGGUCAAAGGAACAGGUUCGCUGUCAGCUUCAAUGAUGACGACGCCAUCACUGCUGUUCUCGGUUGUGGGUUCAAUUCUGCUGCUCCUGCCUCUGAGGAGCACAGACGCGCUCUUCCAGAAUUUCCAAAGCGCGUUACCACAUCCAAACAAGUAUAACCCAAACGAACCGGAGGGCUGCCUGCCCCCGGCCCUCAGCGGACUGAUUUCCCGGGGAUCCCCGGGUCCCGUGUCCGCCACAGACGAGGUUCUGGAGUCAAGUCAGGAGGCUCUGCACGUCACGGAGCGUCGGUACCUGCGCAUGGACUGGUGCAAAACGCAGCCGCUGAAGCAGACCAUCCGUGAGGAAGGCUGUCUGAGCCGCACCAUCAUCAACCGCUUCUGCUACGGUCAGUGCAACUCCUUCUACAUCCCGAGGCACAUCUACGAGGACGGACACGUGUUCGAGUCCUGUUCGGCCUGUAGGCCCAAGACCUUCAGCACCGUCACGUACACGCUCUUCUGUCCCGGACUGACGCCGAACACCAGGAGAAAACGGGUGCAGCGGGUGAAGCAGUGCCGCUGCACAACCAUCAACAUGGAUUAGACCGAGAGGAUGGAUGAGGAGUUUAGACGAGGAAAGAAAAUGGGAGAAAGGAAAACUGAAGCAGCACUAGAGGAGAACCAAA